AGUUAAACAGAAAGAAUCGGAAGCCGCUAUAAGACGCCAAGACGAUGUGAUUUGUACUCUUAACGAAGAGAAUCAAUUCCUUAAAGCAAGGCUGUUGGCUCUUGAAGAGUCGUUUCUCAAGAUAACUUAUAAUGUCAAUAAAGACAAAGAACCUGGCUCAUCAGUUUACAAAGCUAAAAGUAUUGACAAAGCGGCCGCUUUUCAUGCCAGUGAACAAUCUAACAAAAGUAACCUCAGCUCAAUUAACACUGAAUUACUUAAUACCUCUCAUGACAAUAGUCUUGCUCGGCAUAAUAACAACGGACAAUGCAAUGCCGAUGAUUUGAAUAAUAAUCAAAUUGACCUUGCAAAUGAUGAUGCUGUGUUUUCCUCAAAACAGCAGAAUGAAAAUAAUACACACAAAGGCAUAAAUUCGAACUUGCAAUCCGAAUCGCAGCAGUCAACCAACAUAGAAGGGAAUAAACUUAGAUAUGAUCUGUCCCCAAAAACCUCUCAUGACAAUAGCCGCAUUAGAUACGAUCCAUCUCUAAAAACCUCUCAUGACAAUAGCCUUAUUCGGCAUAAUGACAACAGCCAAUGCAAUGCCGACGAUUUGAAGAAUAAUCACAUUGACCUUACAAAUGAUGAUGCCGUACUUUUCCCAAAACAGCAGAAUAAAAAUAAUAAACACAAAGGCUUAAAUUCGAACUUGAAAUCG